AUGUGCAAGUAUCAUGGCAUGCAUGGACACAGAUCGGAGGACUGCCGACAGCUAAGGGAGGAAGUGGCUAGGUUAUUCAAUGAGGGCCACCUUCGAGAAUUCCUAAGUGAUCGGGCUAAGAACCACUUCAGGGAGAGGGAUGCAGGAAGGAAGAGCGAACCUGAAGAGCCCCAACAUGUCAUUCACAUGAUCAUCGGUGAGGUCGACGUCCCCCAGGGACCAGUAUUCAAACGCACCAAAGUAUCCAUCACCAGGGAAAAGCGGACUCAAAAUUACUUGCCCGAGGACGCCCUCACAUUUAGAAGUUCGGCGAAUAUAAUCAGAUCCAGGGUCGUGGAGCAGCUUGGGCUACUCGAUCUAAUCAUACUGACAUCUCGAUUCUUGAAUGGCUUUAACAUGGCAAGCGAGACAACAAAGGGAGAAAUCAUCCUCCCAAUCAAUGUGGCCGGAACUAUACAAGACACCAAAUUUCAUGUCAUUGAAGGUGACAUGAGAUACAAUGCUUUGCUCGGAAGGCCGUGGAAACAUAGCAUAAGGGCGGUACCAUCGACCCUACAUCAAAUGAUGAAGUUCCCGACAAAGGAUGGUGUGAAAACAAUAUAUGGAGAGCAGCAUGCAGCCAAGGAAAUGUUUGCAGUGCACGACUCAGCACCGAUGUAG